CAACGAAUUAAAAAUUAUAUAUAUCUAUAUAUAUGACAAUCACAAAAUCAAUAAUGAAAUUCAAAUGCUUAUUGCUAAUUUUCGCCUUUACUAUUGUUUUAGCGGAAGCCUACCCCCCAUGGGGAUUGAAACGUGACGCUGACGCAGAAGCAUUGGUGGCAGUUAAACGUGAUGCGGACGCAGAAGCCAUACCCGCAUUGGCAGUGAAGCGUGAUGCUGACGCAGAAGCAUGGGGGGCAUUUAAACGUGAUGCGGACGCAUUUCUUCCACACUAAAAAUAGAAUAUAUAUUUUUUUGAUUAUCGAUAAAGAAAAUCUCAUGUUUGCUUACCGUUACUAAUUAACAUUAAGUCGGUAGUGUGCUUUUUUUUAAUGAUAUUAUUAUUUCUGAUAUAUUUUUACGUGAUCACAGUUUUCUUAUUUUUCGUCAGUUCACUGUUCACUUUGAAUUCAAAAU